AUGGCGACCAAGCGUAAGGGAGGAGUGGGUGGCAACAAGUUCCGCCUCACCCUGGGUCUCCCCGUGGCUGCGACCAUGAACUGCGCGGACAACAGCGGAGGCAAGAACCUGUACGUCAUUUCCGUGCACGGCUGGGGAGCACGCCUGAACAGGCUGCCCGCUGCGGCGCCCGGCGACAUGAUCAUGGCCACCUGCAAGAAGGGAAAGCCCGACCUCCGCAAGAAGGUGAUGCCCGCCAUCGUCAUCCGGCAACGCAAGGCCUGGAGGCGCAAGGACGGCACGUUCAUCUACUUUGAGGAUAAUGCGGGCGUGAUCGUGAACACCAAGGGCGAGAUGAAGGGCUCCGCCAUCACCGGCCCCGUGGCCAAGGAGUGCGCCGACCUCUGGCCCCGCGUGGCCGCCGCCGCCAACACCAUCGUCUGA